GACGACUCACAGAGAAGAAAGCAAAACGACAUCCUGUGUCGUAUCCGAUCCAGGACUGUGGCCAUUUCGUAAUUAAAUCCAUCCCGUGGCUAGUGCGAGAUUUCGUCUCCCUUGUAAAAUGAAUUCAGAAGGGACACGAAAUGUCACCAUAAACCGGCCCGCCGCCCAUUUCUCCGCUGUGAGAAGAUUCCAGUAGAAGUAGCGGAGGAGUUAGAAUCGGCAUAGUAACUGUAACAAGGAGGGAAGAAGCAGAGUGGUCUCCUCUCCUGCUUCUCGUUUCCAGUUUGGAUUGGAUACAGAGAGUGAUAAUGGUCGAUGUAGCCGAUAAAUUGGCGUAUUUCCAAGCGAUCACGGGCCUCGAAGAUCUCGAUUUGUGCACGGAGAUCCUUCAGGCUCAUGGAUGGGACCUGGAGCUCGCGAUCGCCGCUUUCACCGGCGGUAACGAAAGCGCUGGGGCGGCUUCCGUAUCCACCGGUACUGCUGCUUUAACUGCCACCGACACUGGUACUGCGCCCGCGGAAUCGUCUAAUUCAGCUCCUCCCGAGGUGCUGGAGCGUUCCGAUUCCGCAGUUGGUCCCGUCGCCGCGGCUGGUCCUGGUUUAGCAUGGAAGCUCGUUACCUUGCCUAUAUCCGUGAUUUCUGGCGGUCUCGGGUUAGUCUCCGGUGCGGUAGGUCUUGGUCUGUGGGUCGCCGGUGGUAUUUUGUCUUACUCGCUUGGAAUGGUUGGGAUAGGGCCGAGUGCAGGCCGGAACGGUGGUGAGUCUUCGUCCCGAUUGGUCUCGGUAUCUGCGUCGGCGAGGGAGGCUAUGGAUUUUGUGGCAGCGUUUGAGAGGGAAUACGGUUCUAGGGGGCCGAGUUUUGUGACGGAGGGUUUCAUGGAUGCUCUCCAGAGGUCCAGGAACUCGUUCAAGCUGCUGUUUGUCUAUUUGCACUCCCCUGACCACUCUGACAGUCCCGGAUUCUGCGAGAGAACUCUCUGUUCGGAGGUUCUCUCUGAGUUCAUUAACCAGAAUUUCGUCGCCUGGGGUGGAAGUAUUAGGGCUAGUGAAGGGUUUAAGAUGAGCAAUAGCUUGAAGGCUUCGAGAUAUCCGUUUUGUGCUGUGGUCAUGCCUGCUACUAAUCAGAGGAUAGCAUUGCUUCAGCAGAUUGAAGGCCCAAAAUCACCUGAAGAAAUGCUUACACUACUACAGAGAGUGCUUGAAGAAAGUGCACCGGUUCUUACUGCUGCAAGGAUUGAAGCAGAGGAAAGAAUAAGCAACACGCGAUUGAGGGAGGAGCAAGAUGCUGCUUAUAGGGCUGCUCUCGAAGCCGAUCAGGCUAGGGAACGCCAGAGGAAAGAAGAAGAAGAACGAGUUGAAAGAGAAGCUGCUGAAGCAGAGAGGAAGCGCAAAGAGGAAGAGGAAGCCCGUGAAAGAGCUGCACAGGAGGCCGCAGAAAGAGAGGCUGCUCGAGCCAGAAUGCGGGAAGAGAAAACCUUAGCACUUGGGGCCGAGCCUGAGAAAGGAGCUGAUGUUACCCAGGUUUUGGUUCGGUUUCCAACUGGAGAACGCAGAGACAGGAGGUUCCGCAGCAGUACAACCAUCCAGUCUCUUUACGACUAUGUGGAUUCUUUGGGUUGCUUACAAGUGGAAGAUUAUAGCCUUGUGUCCAAUUUCCCACGCACUGUUUACGGGGAAGAAAAGCGAUCCUUGACCUUUAAAGAAGCAGGAUUGCAUCCACAGGCCAGCCUUUUUGUGGAGCUCAACUAGGGAGAUGGUUUAACAGGGAAUUCUGGGUUGUAGCUUUUGACAAGAUGAAUCCCAUCCCCUACAUAAAAUGAUAAAAAGAGACAAGGUGCUUCAGUUGUGUUACGUUUAGUGUUCUUAUCUUAACAGGAAACUUGGUUAGACAAGACAAUUCUGUGGGAUAUUUGAUCAGGAGGAAUAUAUGUUUCAUUUUCUUCUUCGGAUAUAAAGAAUGAUUGAUAAGAGUAAUGGUAAAAUGAGCUUGUUGAUGCCUCUGACCAGGGGCGGAUACAUGAGUCUCUAGGGGUGUCCCAGGACACCCCCUAAAAUUUAGGGAAACGAUUAUCCAACCUACGGUAGUAGUUUCGUAUGGGUAUACAAAAUAUAAUUGGUAAUUCGGGACAUCCUAACAUUUGAAAAAAUGAUUAUCAUACCCUCGAUAAUAGUUUGCUUAUGAUUAACAAAAUAUAAGUGGUAGUCCGUGUUAUUCCAAUUUAGGACACUACUAUUAUCAAACAUAUUCUAAUUAUGUUGCUACUCAUUUGUUAUUCUAUUUUAAACAUCGUGCAACAGUAAAACGCUAUUUCUUUAUCCCCAACUAUUUUCAAUACCUAAUAAUUAAACUACGUACACGCUACCCUUAAUUUUGAAUUGAUUUUAUGGUUACACGGCAAGCGUUGAAAGAGUCUUUCUACUUUGAGCUACAUUAAGAACAAGGUUAGAAAUCGAAUAUGUGAUAAGUUCGUGAAGUAUUGUCUAGCAGGAUAUGUAGAUUUUUUUUUGAAUAGUGCCGACACGGAUUUUAUUUAUAUUUUUUUUCAAAAUAUGAAUUUUAAUUUAUUAUUUAAUAAAAAAUUUAUACAAGUAUGAUAUUUUUAAUAUACGAAUUAUUUAAUUUAUUAUAUAAUUUAAUUUAAUUUUUGAAGAUGACACCCCUGUGAAAAUUUUCUGAAUCCGCCACCGCCUCUGACCGACCAGUUGCUCCAUUAAAUAGCGCAAGAAAAUCACAUAUCGAUUCUGAUGAGUUUUUUGUGUGUCGGUCAUUACUCAUUAGAGUCAGUGGAGGAAAGAAUGAACAUUUUCAUUGAAAGGGAUGGGACUACUGUGUAAAUAUGCUGUUGGAUCAACUUUUUUUCGUUAGCUUGCUCAUUGAUCCAUAAGAAAGCACAAUAUAGAGGUUGAGAAAGCAGUAAGAUAGACUGAUGGGUUUAUAUAGAGGUUGAGAAAUCAGUAAGAUAGACUGAUGGGUUUUUUUUUUUUACACUAUCGAUAUUUGGUGACAUUAUUUAGGAAACCAAAUAUCACGUGGUAAUGCGAUAAAGUACUUGGUUUCCUGAAUAAUGUCGGUCAAAAGAGUUACGGAUGGUAAAUAAGUGAUAAAGUACUUGAUUUCUUGAAUAAUGUUGGUCAUCAGAGUUAGAGAUGGCAAAUGGGUGGGCAAACGAAUAUCUCAAUAGUCAAUACCCUAAUCUGACAUGCAUCAAGUACGGGUCAGGUCGGGUAAUAUCCGCGUGGAUACGAGGCAGGAUCAGUCGUCCAUUCUCAUAUGUUAUUUACAAAAAAUAAUUUGGAAAUUUUAAUUCUUUUAUGACAAAACAAAGGAAAACACUUCAUGAAUAAAAAUAGUGAUAAUAGAAUGAGUAAUUGCAUCUAAAUAAAUAAAAUAUCCAAUUUUAC